AAUAAUCUGAAUCGAAAGAAGAAGGAAAUGACUGACUCUUAAAAACUUUACUAAUAAGGCACGCUUCAGAGACUUGUAUAAAACAUAGCAUAGAGUCCAAAGAUGUCUUCCAAUGUUGUAACAUGCCAACUUACAACGCCAAAGAAAGUGAACUUUGCUCGGUUGUCUCGUCUUGUUUUUGAUCUCUUUGCACGGAUUUUGAGGGACAUUCUUGUCUUCCACUAUCAACGUCCAGAAGAUUUGCAGCAAAGGAUAAAAGAUAAACAUCUAGAGCAGAAAUUCAAAAAAGAUAUAAACAGAAUUUUAGACGGUGAUAGGUAUGAAAAGUGCGAUGUUACUCUUCUCUACACGCUGAUUAGAUUCACCUGUAACAUUGAGCCACCUACUGUUACUAAGAGACGUAAAAUGGAAUGGGGAGGCGAAUGCAUUCCCUCUCGAGAGUGUACAACAUUAGGUGAUGAAAUAGAGAGAAUCAGGAUAAUACGCAAUGGAGUGUGUUGUCAUGUUCCUUGCACUGAAUUAGAAAACAAUGAACUUGAAAAGUAUUACGGGAUAUCUUUAGGCAUUUGUCAAAGAUUAACAGGACAAUUUGGAACAAAGGAUUAUGUUAAGGAAUUGGAGACAAUAAGAACCUGUAGGAUGGAAGAUGACUCAGUGGUGCUAUUAACGGAAACGGUGAAGGAAAACAUUAGAAUGAACAAAGGAUUGCGUAUUUACGUCAGAAAGGAAACAAAAAAAAUGAGGGGAGCGAUACAAAGAAUUUACCAAAAAAUGAAGCAACAAAAGGAAAACCAAGAUGUAUGGGAAAGAUCCAAGCAAUUCAUAUAUGAUGUUAUAACUGGCAUAUGUAGAAGUAAAUGUGGAAUACAGGAUCUAAUACGAUCUCCAUUCAAAUACACGGUUGAACUGAAUCUUAUUCACUAUCUUACAAAAUAUAAAGAACAAGUUGAGGCUUAUCAGAUUAAGACUAAGAAGCAGGUUGAUGUUAGGCCGGUUGGAAAAAAACUGUCUGUAAAAUUAAAUAAAAAACAAAAAAUAAACCAUCGGAAGAUUAUGUCAAAAAGGGUAACACAAAUUGAUGACGUUAAUAUUUCCGUUGUUUAUCCGAGAAAUCAAGACAAUUCAGAAGAUACAGGAAGUGUUGAUUGUGCAAGAAACACUGGGGAAUGCCUCUUUUCAACACAAACAUUUCACCAUGCUGAGUGUUUGACAGAAAUUGAUCAGGAAUAUGGCUAUCAAAGUUAUGAUGACGAUGACAUCAAUGAAGAAGUGAAUGAUCAUUACUGGUAUAAUAAUGAAAAUGAUGACUUUGGCUACCGAACUUGGGAUGACGAUGACAUUAGCGAUGCGAUGAGUGAGCAAUACUGGGAUGAUGAUAGAUUCAUAGAUGAAUUAGAUUAUCGAUGUUUUGCUGACGAUGAAAUCCAAGAUGAAUCGUUUUAUCAGUACUCGGAUGACUAUGAUAUUAUGGAUGAAGGGAUUGAUCAAAUUUUGGAUGACAUAGAUUGCGUAGAAAUUAAUGAAUUCUUGGUCGACGAUGAUAUUGACGAUGACUUUGGUUAUUGCACUACGAAUGACAGUGAAAUUGAUGACAACAUGAUUGAUGAAUAUUGGGAUGAAGCUGAUGAAGUAGAUGAUCAAUGCUGGGAUGAAGAUGAAAUUCUUGAUGAUAUAGACUAUCAAGAUUGGGAUGAUGUUGAAAUCGAUGAUGGAGUAAAUGAUCAAUACUGGGACGAAAAUUCAAUUUUUGAUGAAAUGGAUUAUCAAGAAUGGAAUGACGUUGAAUUUGAUGAUGAAGUAGGUGAUCAAUGUUGGGAUGACGAUCAGAUCCUUGAUGAUAUAGACUAUCAAGAUUGGGAUGACGUUGAAAUCGAUGAUGGAGUAAAUGAUCAAUACUGGGACGAAAAUUCAAUUUUUGAUGAAAUGGAUUAUCAAGAAUUGAAUGGCGUUGAAUUUGAUGAUGAAGUAGGUGAUCAAUGUUGGGAUGACGAUCAGAUCCUUGAUGAUAUAGACUAUCAAGAUUGGGAUGACGUUGAAAUCGAUGAUGGAGUAAAUGAUCAAUACUGGGACGAAAAUUCAAUUUUUGAUGAAAUGGAUUAUCAAGAAUGGAAUGACGUUGAAUUUGAUGAUGAAGUAGGUGAUCAAUGUUGGGAUGACGAUCAGAUCCUUGAUGAUAUAGACUAUCAAGAUUGGGAUGACGUUGAAAUCGAUGAUGGAGUAAAUGAUCAAUACUGGGACGAAAAUUCGAUUUUUGAUGAAAUGGAUUAUCAAGAAUGGAAUGACGUUGAAUUUGAUGAUGAAGUAGGUGAUCAAUGCUGGGAUGACGAUCAGAUCCUUGAUGAUAUAGACUAUCAAGAUUUGGAUGACGUUGAAAUCGAUGAUGGAGUAAAUGAUCAAUACUGGGAUGAAAAUUCAAUUUUUGAUGAGAUGUGUUAUGAAGAAUGGAAUGACGAUGAAUUCGCUGAUGAAGUAGGUGAUCAAUGCUGGGAUGACGAUCAGAUCCUUGAUGAUAUAGACUAUCAAGAUUGGGAUGAUGUUGAAAUCGAUGAUGGAGUAAAUGAUCAAUACUGGGACGAAAAUUCAAUUUUUGAUGAUAUGGAUUAUCAAGAAUGGAAUGACGUUGAAUUCGCUGAUGAAGUAGGUGAUCAAUGCUGGGAUGACGAUCAGAUCCUUGAUGAUAUAGACUAUCAAGAUUGGAAUAACGUUGAAAACAAUGAUGGGGUUGCAGAUCAAUAUUUGGGUGACGAUGGUUUCGUAGAUGAUUUAAAUAAUCAAUGUUUUGCUUACGACGAUAUCCAAGAUGAAUCGUUUUAUCAAUAUUUGGAUGACUAUGAUGUUGUGGAUGAAGAAAUUGAUCAAUUUUGUGAUGACAUUGAUUGCGGAGACAUUAGUAAAUUGUGUGACGACGAUGAUAUUGUUGAUGACUUUGGUUAUUGCACUUGGAAUAACAGUGAAAUUGAUGAUAACAUGAUUGAGGAAUAUUGGGAUGAAAAUGAAAAUCAUGAACGAACGAUUGAUCAAAACUGGGAUGAUGAUGUUGAGAAUUUUGACGAAUUUUGUUACCGUAGUUGGGACGAAGUGAUGGAAACCAGUGAUGAUCCCACUGAUGAAUAUUUGCCUGAUGAUGAAAUCAAGGAUGAUGUGCUUGAUCAAUACUGGGAUGAGGUUCAUAAUGCAUAUAUUGAUAAUUUUGGGGAUGACAUGGAAAAACAAGACUGGGAUGACGAUGCAAUCGAUCAGGGAGUAAGUGAUCAUUACUGGAAUGACAAUGAAAUCGUGGAUGAAAUGGAUUAUCAAGAUUGGGAUCCAAAUGACGUUGAAAUCGAUAAUGGAGUAAAUGAUCAAUACUGGGACAAAAAUUCAAUUUUCGAUGAAAUGUAUUAUGAAGAAUGGAAUGACGAUGAAUUCGCUGAUGAAGUAGGUGAUCAAUGCUGGGAUGACGAUGAAGUUCUUGAUGAUAUAGACUAUCAAGAUUGGGAUGAUGUUGAAAUCGAUGAUGGAGUAAAUGAUCAAUACUGGGACGAAAAUUCAAUUUUUGAUGAAAUGGAUUAUCAAGAAUGGAAUGACGUUGAAUUUGACAUUGGGGUAGGUGAUCAAUGCUGGGAUUACGAUGAAAUUCUUGAUGAAAUAGAUUAUAAAGAUUUGAAUGACGUUGAAAUCGAUGAUAGGGUUGGAGAUCGAUACUGGAAAGACGAUAGAUUCCUAAAUGAUUUAGGUUAUCGAUGUUUUGCUGACGAGGAAAUCCAAAAUAAACUCUUGUUUCAAUACUGGGAUGACUAUGAAAUUGUAGAUAAAGGGAUUGAUCAAUUUUGGGAUGACAUUGAUGAUGGAGAUAUUAAUGAAAUCUGUGACGACGAUGAUAUUGUUGAUAAUGAAAUUCACAAAGAAACGAUUGCUCAAAACUGGGAUGAUGAUGAUGAUGAUGAUGAUGAUGAUGAUGAUGAUGAAAAUUUCGAUCAAUAUUUUACUGAUGAUGAAAUCAAGGAUGAUAUGAUUGAUCAAUACUGGGAUGACGUUCAUAAUGAAGAUAUUGAUAAUUUUUUGGAUGACGAUGACAUGGAAAAACAAGACUGGGAUGACGAUGCAAUCGAUCAUGGAGUAAGUGAUCAAUACUGGGAUGACAAUGGAAUCGUGGAUGAAAUGGAUUAUCAGGAUUGGGAUGACGUUGAAAUUGAUGAUGAAUUAGGUGAUCAAUGCUGGGAUGACGAUGAACUCCUUGAUGAAAUAGACUAUCAAGAUUGUAAUGACGUUGAAAUCGAUGAUACGGAUGGAGAUCAAUUCUGGGAUGACGAUAGAUUCGUAGAUCAUUUAGAUUAUUGAUGUUUUGCAGACAAUGAACUCUAAAUAAACAAUAUUAUCAAUACUGGGGUCACUAUGAUAUUGUGGGUGAAGGGAUUUAUCACAUUUGGGAUGCCAUUGAUAGUGGGGGGAUUUUUGAAUAUUGGGAUGAAAAUGAAAAUCGUGAAAGAACGAUUGAUCAAAAUUGGGAUGAUGAGAAUUUUGAGGAAUUUGGUUUUCUUAGUUGGAACGAAGCUUAUAAUGGUGAUGAAAUCAUUGAUCAAUAUUUGAGUGAUGAUGAUAUCGAUGAUGAUGUGAUUGAUCAAAAAUGGGGAGACGUUUAUUAUGAAGAUAUUGGUACUUGAAAAUAAAAUUAUUGAUAACUAUUGUUAUCAAUCUUUGGAUGACAAUUACAUUGAUGAAAUUGUAAAACAAGAUUGGAAUGAAGUUGCAAUCGAUGAUAUUGAUCAAUACUGGAAUUACAAUAAAAUCGUUAAUGAAUUGGAUUAUCAAGAUUAGAACGGUGUUAAAAUCAAAGAUAAAGAUAACAUAAGUGAUCUAUUCUGGGAUAGCAAUGGAAUCGUUGAUAGAAUAUAUUAUGGUUGUGAAAGAAUUAAUGAAUCCUGGGACGACAAUGAUGUUAUUGAUGAAAUUCAUGAUGACGUGAUCUAUCAGAACUGGGAUGAUGAUAAAAAAAUUCGAAUUGGAAUGAAGUAUAACCAGUAAAAUAAUAAUUUAAUAAAAUAAAAUAAAAUUGAUCAAAACUCGGAUAAUCAUUGAUCAAUACUUAAGUGAUAAUGAAAUUUGUGAUGAUGCGAUUGAUCAAUACUGUGAUAAAGUUCAUUAUUAAGAUAUAAUUCAUUACAGAGAUGACAAUGAAAUUAUUGAGAACUUCGGUCAUUGAUCUUGGGAUGACGAUGAUAUUUGAAUUUGUUAAAAUAAAAGUGGAAUGGCAAUGCAAUCGAUAAUGGAAGAAUGCAAAUGUUUAAUACCAGGUUCAUUCUGAAUUUCUAAAUCCGACUCCAGUUUUGAUGAGGUCGAAAUAGAAAAAAAAAACUUGAUGUAGCUCCAUUAUUUUUUAAAGGUACCAUUUCCAGAAGCAACAAACGCCCUCAUAACGAAACUAUUGUCCUCCACGUUUGCAAUGGUUCCUAAUUUGACGUGUUCUUUAAUUUGUUCAAGGGCGAACACGAGAAAAUAGCUGGUUCCAUUAAUUCAACCAAUGAGUAAGGUUUAUCUUGGAAUUCAUAGUAUCCCAUAAAUUUGUUGCGUAUAGUGACAAAAACCUUGAAACGAUCGAUUAAUAUCCUACGCAAAAAUUGUCCAAAAAGAGUUGGCUUAUUAAUUAACAAAUCAGCAAAUAGCAGAGUGCAAAUGUGGAUUGCGGAUACAGAGUUCAAAAGCUCAAGGCAGAUGAUAAUUUUCCCCAAAAUUUAGCUAAAAAUUCAAGUACUUUUUAGUUAAACUUGCAUGUAUUAUAAACGACAUUAUACUUUAAACAUCCCUAAUAUUUGAUCAACGUUUUUGUUUUGUUUUUUUGAUCUUCUAUCAUGUUUGUUUGGUUGUUUUGAGGUUUUUGUGCUUUUUGUGUUUUUAUCAUUAUUUUUAAUUCUCUUUACAUUUUUUUUACAUAAGUUUAAGUAUGCUAUAAAACUGUUAUUGUUAAUACUGUAUGUUUAGAGAUAAAUCUAUUUGAUGUGAAUAUGUUAAGAAUCAACGUGAAACUUAAGCUUGUUAGAAUUAACUAAUAAUCGGUUUAAAGUAAAACGAUGAAGUUUAGGUGGUGUUGUUCAAUGUUACAUGUAUUAAAAUUAAACUAUGCUUUUGUUUGUUUAUUUGUAUGAUUAAAA